UUACUGGUUAGUCCUUAGUAUUCGCCGAAGUAAACUCCUGGCAGGAUAUAGUGGAGUUUAACGAAUAUCUGAGAAGACAAAUUAAGAAGUUGGAAGCAGAUAAUUUUUGAAAGAGGACAACGAAAAUGUGGAUUCAAAAUGGUGUUAUUGCCAUAGUUUCAUUCUAUUUGAUUGCAUUAGUCGCUGUUCAAAGCGCUAUCCUUACGCCAAGGGAGCUGGAUAUUCGCAGAACUCACUCUUUAGAUCCGAAGAAACGGCCGUUUUGCAAUGCUUUUACAGGAUGUGGCAAAAAGCGUACUACCGAACCCAUUGUUCCAAACGCUGUAGACAAUGCACAGUUUGGCCAGGAGGAAACAGCGGACGAGAGUACACUUUCUGAUCUGAUCGACUUGAAUUCAGAACCAGCAGUUGAGGACCUGAUGCGGCAAAUUAUGUCUCAAGCGAAACUAUGGGAAGCCAUUCAGGAAGCCAGCCGGGAAAUAUACUCGCAGAAGCACCAUCUUGACUCCCAAGUCAGGUAUCCGUUGUCCUUCAGCACUCAGUAGUGUAUCCAGUUUACCAGAAAUCCGAAGUCCACGAAUGCAGAAGGAGGAAAUUAAGAUGCUAUAAUAUAAUCGUCAUUCUAUCUUAUGUGUGGUCACUGAACAUUUAGAUUUACAUGUUCAAUUAUACUUUAGUUGACAACUUGACGCGCUUAAUGUAUGAG